AUGGUCGAGCGGAAAAGGAAGCUGACGAGUGCAGCAGUACAAGCCCUUCGUACGCGCUCCUUUGAUGAAAAGCGCCUACCUUCGCAACGCUCCACAAAUUCUCAAGAGACACGCGAGGAACAGCCUUUCUAUGAACAAUGCUCACCUUCUUCCGACAAGGAAUUGGCCGUGAAUCCAGCGAAGAUAGCUGAGGUCGUCGAAUUCGAUGGCGAAGGCGAGGCACUUCGAAAUUCACAAAAUGACGCAGAAGAGUCAAGUGAAGAACAGAAUCUGAUCGAAUUCUUGAAGCAUGGCAGCUUUUGCACGCUCGAUAAUUCUGAGCCGGAGAACAGGAAGAAAGUGCUAAUCGUCGAACAACUGCCAGCUGCGUUCAUAAAGGCCCCGCACACUUUUCGAGCCGCAGUGAAGCCGUAUUUGGGAGGCGUCAACAGCUUGGUGGCUUUUAUACUUCCAUCGAUUACUUCAACCUACGAAUUGUGCCCGCGCCGCUUUUUUACACCAGAUUUCAUGAGGGAAAAUCGAAUUGAGGAGAUUUCGUUCAAGCCGAUCGCCGUUAGCUACAUCGUUCCUGUCCUCACGCGGCUGGCCAAACAGUUUCGGAUCAACGUCUCAAAAACAGAGCUCCAAAAGUUGGCCCAAGAGGCGAAUGGCGAUAUACGCUCGGCCCUGAACACGUUUGAUUUCACCUAUGUCAGCAAAGCGGGAGAGCCAACACAAAACAUGCCGGAUCUACAACUGGAUACUUUUCGCGUGGUUGGACGGAUAUUAUACGCGAAACGAGUCGAGGACACUCCAAAAAAUCAACGGAUAGAAGAACGCGUCCGGGCUGAAUUGCGGCGCCCUCCGUUGGAAAGAGACCUCGAUGAACUUUUUCUGCUUUCCGGCUUGCCGGACAAUCAGGUCUCGCUAUACCUUCACGAACACACGCCAACGUUCGCCCCGUCAAUCUCGGCCCUCUCGUCGAUAUGUGACAUUCUUGCUUAUUGCGAUACGGUACAACCAUUGCGCUACGACGACCUCUCGCGAAUGUUUGAUCGACAACUAGCCUAUAUAUCGGCCAGUGCUGUCAUGUUCUACAACUAUCCACCGCACAAAUGGAAACACGGCUCCGGUGGCUACACUUUCAACAAAUCGAAAUGGGUCGACUUGUCGCGGCUGAAAGAUCAACUCCAUCGCGAGGCAACGUCGGUGGCAAUUCCCGAGGAGACGGGAACCAUUGAAGAAUUGUUUACGCUGAGAAUCCCGCUGCAAAAAGCUGUUGGGCCACCACUAGAUGCCAUCUCUUUCCGCUCGAUUGGCUACCUGGGAAGGCCGAUGAAUUGCUCGUGGAAGGAGGGACGAGAAGCAUGGGAGACGACUGCUCGACAGAGCUUGACGUACUUGCGCGAUUCCGCGUCUCUACCCUCGCAAAGGACGAACACUUCGUCGGCCAACUUUUGCUUUGACAUUGAAGAGGAUAGCGAU